AUGUCCGCGGACAACUUGCUAGAUUUCUUUGAAUUUGCCGAGACUUCGUCAGUCCCGCAACCUGUGCCCUGUGCCGAGGACACCCCCAAACCACGCCAGCCCCGGAACAAGACAGCAAAGCGCGCGUCCAAGGCCUGUCGGUCGUGCAGAGCACGCAAGGUCCGGUGCGACUUUGUAUACACGGGGGCACCAUGCACAAAUUGUAAAUUGGAUCGGGUGGAUUGUAUUAUCCCGGAUAGAAUCGGGAACAAAGCUGGGAAUGGCUUUACCAAGCCGAAACCUCUAGAGGCAGCGGAGCCAAACGGAGAGCACAACAAUGGAAGGGGGGACAUCGACGGGCUCACGGGCCAGCCUCGCAAUGCUCGCAGUCGCCUGUACCAAUAUGCCUGCGGGCUGGCUGCAGGAACCACAGCGCAAGAACCUCGACAGCCGCCCACGAGCGACUGGUACAAGUCUCCCUCGCAGAGCUCCCGCCCUUCGAGACCGUCGCUGGGAGAGUCGAUCGUCGACUUGGCCGCCGUGCCGGGCUUCAUCAAGCCUCCUCUCAACUGCAUCUCUGCCACGGACCUGGCCUAUCUGACCUCGCAAGGGGCGCUGCAGAUCCCGUCGACGCAGCUCCGAGAAGAACUCCUCAACGCCUUCAUCGAGCAUGUCUAUCCCUUCCUCCCGCUCGUCAAUGUGCAUGAGCUGGCAAGCACCGUAGCCUCGGGCGAUGCAUCGACGGGUCAAUUGAGCCUGACGCUUUUUCAAGCGCUCAUGCUCGCGGGCACGGCGUUUGUGGAUAUAGAGUAUUUGCUCGAUGCGGGAUACUCGUCAAGGUCGGAAGCCACCAAGGAAUUUGUCGAGAAAGUCAAGUUACUCUGCAAGUACAACUUUGACAGCGACAAGAUCGUCACCAUCCAGUCCUUGCUCCUGAUGGCCUAUUGCACGUCGGGGGCCAUGUACAAGGACAACUGGCGGUGGAUCGACAUGGCCAUCUCGACGGCCUACUCGAUCAACCUGCACUAUGACCCGAUGACCAUCGACACGGGGCCCGGCUCGGACUCGGCGACGUCGAAGCGGCUGCGCAAGCGGCUGUGGUGGUGCGUGUUCAUGCUGGCCCAGCAGGUGACGCUGUCGGUGCACAUCCCGUGCAAGGCGCCCAACGACGGGGCGACGGUGCCGGUGCUGAGCGAGGACGACUUUGAGAUCGUCCUGCUGCCGCCCACGGUGCGGUGGCCGGGGGACGAGCGCAGUCUGCUGCGCGACACCAACAAGCAGCGCCUUCUGGCCGUCAUGUGCGUCAACAUGUGCAAGCUGUCGGCGUGCUUCGAGAACAUCCUGGGGCUGCAGUACCAGACGUCGAGCCACGGGUGCGACGCCGACGACCCCAACAAGCGCAGCUACCUGAUCCCGCGCGGCGAGGACGUCGACCAGCACAAGAUGAAGUGGCAGGAGGACGAGCUGGGGGCGAUGCUGGCGCAGCUGCCGCACGAGGCGCAGAACCCGGCGCGCUCGGCCGGCGACGACGCCGUCGACGUCCACAUCAGCCUGUUCCACAUGUUCUUCUGCACGGUGCUGUCGAUCCUGUAUGCGCCGCAGAUGUUCCCGCGCAAUCCUGGGGGCACAGCUGCAUCGUCCUCGUCUUCUUCUUCUUCCACCACUGCCACUAACACUACCACCAACCUGUCUUCCUCCUCGUCCUCCUCAUCUACCUCUACCUCUACCAACCCCACGACAACAACGCCUCUCGCCCCCGGCCCAACCUCCUCCCCGGGGGACAAGAUACUCAACUUCCGCACCAUCUCCGCGCAGGCCGCGUGCGCAAUCACGACGGUGGCCCAACGACUCGUGGUGCGCGGCCUGAUCCCGCUCCUCCCGUCGACCAGCGUCUCGUACAUCGUGGUCGCGGGCUUCACGCACGUCUCGGGCCUGCAGUCGCCCAGCUACGAGGUGCGCGCCCCGUGCCUGCACCAGCUGCGCCAGUGCCUGAAGCUGCUCGAGAGCCUGCGCGAGGACAACGCGGGCGCGCAGAGCGCCAUCUCCUUCCUCGAGGCCGCGACGAGGCGGCUGGGCAUGUUUGCGCAGUAG